GCGAGGAGAGGAGCAGCUCUGUGGGAUAGAGUGGAACGAUUAGCCAUGGCUAGAGCACCCGUGCCGUGAGAACCCAGCCUGAGCCGAGGCGGAGUAUUGUCAUGGAGAGCAGCCAUCAAAGUAAUUACAAACUCAACAAAACUGAGAAGAAGUCCUUAAGGAAACAGAUUAAAGCCAGGCAUACUUUGCUGAGACAUGAAGGCAUUGAGACGGUGCCCUAUGCCACUCAGAGCCUGGUUGUUGCCAAUGGAGGUUUGGGUAAUGGUAUGAGUAGGAACCAGCUGCUCCCAGUUUUAGAGAAAUGUGGACUUGUGGAUGCUCUCCUAAUGCCACCCAAUAAGCCCUACUCAUUUGUCAGAUAUCAAACUACAGAAGAAUCCAAGAAAGCUUAUAUUACCCUCAAUGGAAAAGAAAUAGUAGAUGAUUUAGGCCAGAAGAUCAUUCUGUACUUAAAUUUUGUGGAAAAAGCACAAUGGAAAGAAUUGGGAGUUCAAGCCUUACCACCAGGACUCAUGGUAGUGGAAGAAAUUAUUUCUUCUGAGGUUGAGACAAUGCUUUUGGAAAGUAUUAACUGGACAGAAGAUACAGACAAUCAAAAUUUUCAAAAAUCCUUAAAACACAGACGAGUAAAGCAUUUUGGUUAUGAAUUCUACUAUGAGAACAACAACGUGGAUAAAGAUAACCCAUUACCUGGGGGUCUCCCUGACAUUUGUGAUAGCAUUUUGGAGAAGUGGUUAAAGGAAGGUUUCAUUAAACAUAAACCUGAUCAGUUGACUAUAAACCAGUAUGAACCUGGGCAAGGAAUUCCUGCACAUAUUGAUACACAUUCUGCUUUUGAGGAUGAAAUCAUUUCUCUCAGUUUGGGGUCAGAGAUUGUCAUGGAUUUUAAGCACCCCAAUGGUUUCACAGUGCCUGUUAUGUUGCCUCGUCGGAGUUUGCUGGUGAUGACAGGAGAAGCACGAUACCUUUGGACCCAUGGAAUCACACCCAGAAAAUUUGAUACUGUUCAAGCAUCAAAGGGUCAUAAAGGUGGAAUUGUCACCAGUGAUGUUGGAGACCUAACUUUAAGCAAGAGAGGAAUACGGACAUCAUUUACAUUUAGAAAAGUGAGACAAACACCUUGUAACUGUAGUUACCAUUUGGUCUGUGACAGCCAAAUGAAGGUGACUGCCCCAUCAUUUCCAGAGAGUGAUAAAGAAGCGUCCCAACUAGAGCAAGAAUAUGUCCACCGAGUUUAUGAAGAAAUCGCGGGGCACUUCAGCAGCACAAGGCACACCCCAUGGCCACAUAUUGUGGAGUUUUUGAAAGCUUUGCCAAGUGGUUCGUUAGUAGCAGAUAUUGGAUGUGGAAAUGGAAAGUAUCUUGGUAUCAAUAAGGACUUAUACAUGAUGGGCUGUGAUCGUAGCCAAAACUUGGUGGAUAUUUGCAGGGAAAGGCAGUUUCAGGCCUUUGUCAGUGAUGCGUUGGCAGUACCAAUCCGCAGUGAGUCUUGUGAUGCCUGUAUCUCCAUUGCUGUGAUUCAUCAUUUUGCUACAGCAGAGCGCAGAGUGGCAGCUCUCCAAGAACUUGUUCGACUCCUGAGACCUGGCGGGAAAGCACUCAUUUAUGUCUGGGCAAUGGAACAAGAAUAUAAUAAAAAGAAGUCCAAAUACCUUAGAGAAAGCAGACUUAGCCAAGGAAAGAAAGAGGAGAACAAAAAUGACACAUCAAUGCAAGAGUUACUUGUGGAGCAAACACCUGAUGUGGGCAAGCGGGAUUCAGCAUGUUCUGCCGGCCUGAAUGACUUUCAGAUGGAAGGAUGCAAUUCAAAGAAACUUACGAAUUCCAGGCUGCCUAUUCACACUAACAGGACUUCUUUUCAUUCUCAAGACUUACUAGUUCCCUGGCACCUUAAGGAAAACUCUGGCAAAGAUAAACCUGUUGAACUGUCUGGGGCAGUGGUACCCCCUGAGCAAGGUGCUGUGUUUCAUCGCUAUUACCAUGUGUUUUGUGAGGGAGAAUUGGAGGCUGCCUGCCAGACUUUGAGUGACGUCAGCAUUCUGCAGAGCUUCUAUGAUCAGGGGAACUGGUGUGUGAUUCUUCAAAAAAUCUGAUUCUUUGAACAUGUCAUCAGGGAAGAAAUGUUCACUUUUUAUUGCUUUUAAAGGCAACUAAAUUAGCUCUCUUUUGAGUAAAAAGAAAGUACUUGUGGAAAAGUACCCAAGGUGAGUGCCUGAAAGAAGUGUGGAAGUAGAGAUUAAUUAGGUAAUACCCAGUCUAUGACUGCUGCAGACCUCAUUUUAUCCUCAAAGGUAGGCUUCUCCUAAGGGGAAGAACAUGGUUGUUUUGAAAAGUGAUUCAAGUAGUUUGUGAGAUAUUUAGGAAAUGGGUGUGGGUACAGUAUUUUGAAGAUAAAUUUUGUUAUAAAAUAUUAUAAAUGAACUCACG